AUGGAGUGGGAAGGUGCAGUUUCAGGAUCGGAUAUGGAGGUUCCUAUUCCUCUUCCUCUAGCCUCUGAAUCGCAACAACCCUACGUCUCUGAACUUCUCUCCUUCACUCUCGAUCGCCUUCACAAGGAACCCGAACUUCUCCGUGUCGAUGCCGAACGGAUCCGUCGCCAAAUGCAAGAGGUCGCCGUUGGGAAUUACCGCUCCUUCAUUGCCGCUGCUGAUGCAUUGCUUGCUAUUCGUCAUGAAGUCUCGUCUAUUGACAAUCAUCUUGAAUCUAUGUAUUUUCCCAAGUGGCUGCAGUGCUGGGCAAGUUUCCGCUGA